AUGGAUCCAAACAAUAUGGCCGAAUGGGACAUUUACGACGUUGUCAUUGACGAACUUAUCAAUGACACGACUAUAGAAGAUAUGAUGCAGGAGGAGAUGGAGUUUUAUCAACAACAUGCGAACACUGUUAGGCCCAAGCGAACAAGAAAAGUGAUAGAGAGAGAUCGUGAAGCUGGGCACGAGCGGUUGUGGAUGGACUACUUCUCUGAAAAUCCUGUAUACCCGGAAGAGCUUUUCCGGCAAAGGUUUCGAAUGCGAAAGGAUGUGUUCCUCAGAGUUGUAGACGCCCUUGGGUCUCAUAACCCGUAUUUUUUACAGUCUGUUGAUGCAGUUGGAAGACAAAGUUUGACACCAUUACAAAAGUGCACUGCCGUUAUUCGUAUGUUGGCGUACGGAUCACCUGCUGACAGUGUUGACGAGUACGUUCGAAUUGGUGAAAGUUCUAACAAUGACAUUAAUGUGCUAAACCAAUCUCCUGUGUUUAAUGAUGUUUUGAGUGAAAAUGCUCCCAUGGUGAACUUUAGCGUGAAUGGAACAAUGAAAAAUGGAGUUGAUCUGGUGCUGAGGGUCCACAGAGCUACCAAGGACACGCAGAAAUUUGAUAAUUGCUAG